UAACAUUUACUGGACUUUUGUCGUUGUUUGAGUUUUGUUUUUCUUUUCUUUCGCUCGCUCUUGCGCCCUUUCCGCCCAUUUCAUUUCCUUCGUAUUCUUUAUUCAUUUGGCAGUCCAUAUUUCUUCCUCUCCUUCUGAAAGAAGGGUUUUCAGGGUUUCAGUGGUUUGAGGGAUUCGAACCCGCGACCCCCCGUUCCGCCCGCCGCCGUUAUAAAUUAAGUUCGCGCCUCUUUCAGCGGUGAUUUUUUUUCAGGUAAAUUUGCCCUCGCCAGCGCCACGAUCGAGCACCGGGAAAGUUCAAUUUGGUGCAGUGCAGAAGGUUUUCUAAAAGUAAACGCUGUUGUUUUGUUUAUCACUGGCUUUUCCGGUGAGAAGGCCUUUUUAAGGUUUUGGUAGGCUCUUAUUUGGUAUGGGAAUUUCUGAAGGACGAAACGGCGCCGAAGCGAACCCCAUGCAGGGAUUGUGUUGUUAUGUUUGCUGCAAAUAUGAAUUUAGUGAUGUUGCAAUCUUGAAGAUGCAGGGAUUUCUACCAGACUUUUGUUUAUAUUCUGUUCAAACUUUGCUUCUUCGGGUUAAGGUUUACCGCCUCUCUGAUGAUGGAAAGUGGGAUGACAGAGGCACUGGUCACGUGAGUGUUGAAUACCUGGAGCAACCAGAGGCAGUUGGUCUGGUAGUAAUUGAUGAAGAAGAUAACGAAACUUUGCUUGUUCAUCGUAUCUGUGCAAAUGAUGUCUAUAAAAGAAAUGAAGAUACAAUAAUUGCCUGGCGAGACCCUGAAAUUGCUACGGAGUUGGCUCUUAGUUUUCAAGAGUCAAUGGGUUGCUCCUUUGUAUGGGAGCAAAUCUGCAGUGUCCAGAGAUCAAUUCAGUUUCCCAAUGUUGGAGGUACAGAAAUUGGACCACGCCCACCAAAUGAUGAAGUGGACCAUGCUGGUAAUUCUCAAGGAAAUGAUGAUGCUUUUCAUGGAGGUAUCAGCGAACUCAGAGAGCUGCCACAAGUGGACUCAUCAACACUUCCAUUAAUUCUUAAGACAGUGACAGAAGGAUGCAUAAUGGAUCAUAUUCGGGUUUCAGAGCUUAUUGUCCAAGAUCAUGCAUUUUUGCCAAAGCUUUUGGAGUUAUUUAAAAUAUAUGAAGAUCUGGAAAAUACAGAUGGUCUUCAUUUGAUAUUUAAAAUUGUUAAAGGAAUCAUUAUGUUGAACAGUUCGCAAAUAUUUGAAAAAAUCUUUAGCGACGAAUAUAUAAUGGAUAUUGUAGGUGCACUUGAGUAUGAUCCCGAGAUUCUUUGUCGUCAGGAGCAUCGUGCAUUUCUAAGAGAACAAGUUGUAUUCAAAGAGGCUGUUCCAAUCAGAGACCCUUCACUGUUAUCAAAGAUACAUCAAGCAUAUAGAGUUGGCUACAUUAAGGAUGUUAUUUUGCCAAGAGUUUUGGAUGAGGGUACAUUUGCAGCAAUGAAUGGGAUUAUCCAUUCUAAUAAUGUAUCGGUGGUAUCAGCUCUCAAGGAUGAUGUUACUUUCAUUCAUGAAUUAUUUUCAACCUUGAAGUCUCCAGAUACACCAGAUCCUGUGAAGAAGAACCUGAUUUUGUUCCUCCAAGAGUUUUGUAGUCUAGCGAAAGGUCUCCUGCUUGUCCAGCAGAUGCGUCUUUUUAGAGAGCUGGUUGAUGAAGGUUUGUUUGAAGUUAUUACUAGUGCUCUUCAAAGUGAAGAAAAACUCCUUCGAUUGACAGGGACUGAUAUUCUAAUUGUCAUUCUGAACCAAGAUCCUUCACUCCUCCGUACUUUUUUGGUACAAAAGCAAGGCGGUGCUCUUCUUGGUCUUUUGGUGAAAGGAAUGUGUACCGACUUUGGAGAAGAUAUGCAUUGCCAGUUUCUUGAAAUCAUUCGAAUGCUUCUGGAUCCAUACACAAUGCCUAAUAGUCAGAGGGAGAUUAUUCUUGAUGUAUUUUAUGAUUUUUACAUGGAUUGGUUGGUUGAUGUUAUAACAAUAUCAUGCCCUGGAAAGGAGGGAACAGAGACAAGUAGAAAAAGUAGUUCUAGUGAAGAAAAUGGGAGACAAGUUUCUGCAACUCCUGAGAUUCUUUCAAACAUCACCGACCUACUGUGCUUCUGUGUUAUGUCACAUUCCUACAGGAUAAACAGGUGCUAUUUCCUACGAAACAAUGUUUUGGAAAAGGUUCUGCGCCUAACUCGUAGAAAGGAAAAAUACCUUGUUGUUGCUGCUGUUCGUUUUUUGCGAACAAUAAUAUCACGCAACGAUGAUUUUUUUCAUCGCCAUGUAGUGAGUAACAACCUUUUUGAGCCGAUAAUUCAGGCCUUCACUGCUAAUGGUAAUCGAUACAAUCUACUCAAUUCAGCUGUCCUUGAGCUUAUUGAAUAUAUACGGAAGGAAAAUAUUAAAUCUCUGAUUGAAUACUUGGUCAAAAAUUUUUCGGAUCAGAUGGAAAAGUUUGAUUGUGUGGGUACUUUCAAAGCACUCAAGCUUAGAUAUGAGCAGACACUUGAAGCCGCUGCAAGAACUGUCUCAGGUGGGAAAGGUGAAAUUGGAUCAAAUCCUAUAAAUCCUCUUGCUGAUCCUAGAAAACGUAGUGAUGAACGAGCUCUUGAGAAAGAAGAGGAAGACUACUUCAAUGAGGACAGGUUCAGUGAUGAUGAAGAAGAUACUGCUUCUGCUCGCACUGCUCAUAUUUCUGCUGAACGAGGGCAUGCUGCAUCUGAAAAUGGAAGUUCAUGUUUGAGUGAUCGGCCUAUUGGAUUGGUUGAUUAUGAAGAUGAAGAUGAUGACACUCCAGUGCCUGAGAGUAUAUCCAAGGAAGCGUCUGAAUUAAAAUCAACGUGCACAAAAUCUUCUGCUCCAGGGAAUGAUAAUAAAGAAGAUGGCGACACUUCUGUGCUCCAGAAUGUAGCUAAGGAACCACCUGAAUCAAAAACAAUCUCUGCAGUCUCAUCUGUCCAAGAAAAUCAAUCUUUGGGACAUGAGGAAGUUGCUAAAGAAAGUCCCAAACGAAAGUUAAAUGAUGGAAGUCGCAAGGAGGUUGAGCCUGGGUCUUCAAAGAAACGUAAACUGCAUUUAAAUUCAAAAGAUUCUGCUGUAUCAGUGGAUUCAGUAGAUGGUAGUCAGCAGUGCAUUCACGAUGGAACAAAUUUAGAAAGCGGAAGCCUCAAAGCUGUUGAUACUAGGUUAGAAACCUCGGCAGGUGAAGUGGGACAAUCUGUGGUGUCAAGGGAAAAUUCAAAUGGUGAAAUCAAUAUUGCAGAAGCAAGAGAUGGUAUCGGAAACCAUGGCGAGUCACCCAUUUCUAGAGAAGGAUCUGCACUCGACAGGCAAGAUAGUGGAGUGAAAGGAAACAGUCCCUUGAAAGGUAAAGGCAGUGAUGGAAGAGUGAACAGUCCAUCUGCAGAUCUAGUAAGGGCAGGCCCUCCAUCUCCAGAGCCUUAUACAGUUCGAUAAUACCUGGACUGUGUUCCAUUUUAUGUCAUGUUAUCUUUGCCAGUUCUUUAACUCAUUUUUUCCGCAUAGGGAAGUACAUGUUUUACCCCACAAAAUCACUGAUGCGAUGUUCAAUUGAGCGUGUAGUGGGAUCAGGUUGACGUGAGAUAUUGAGUUUUACCUUGAUUUUGAAUCAUACUCAAUGCUCAGUGUUAUUGCCUCUAAAUCCAGUUUGGCCAGUGUCAACUUUGGAAUGAUUUUCUGGCAAGUUGUAUUAUGCUUGAACAUUGCACCAGUGCCAAGGGUAACCAGAGCUGAGUAGACGCCUAUUAUUUAUUUUAUGGCGUGAGCUGAAAAAAGGAUAAUGUCGAUUCCCAUAUGUGUACAUGGUUAAGCAAUACCAACCAAGCCUUUUCAUCAGGAGAUUCAUGUGACAAUUUUUUUCUUCUGUGUACUAUUUCUUUGAGAUCUGACUGGUUAAUUUUGUUCUUUCCCAGUGAAGCCAGUUUCUGCUCUAGUACAAAGCUAAUGUUUUAAAAUAUGACUUGCACCGCAAUGUUUUUGGAUCCUAGGCUUGGAAAAUGCUGCCUAAGGCCAUAAAUAAUAAAAGGAAAAAACACCGGUGUAACAUUUAUCGUUUUCUGUAUAUUAUUGCUGGGGAUUGUAUUUUUUUACAACAGGCUUGUUGUAAGACUAAAAAUGUCGCCUUGAAAUGCACAAUUUUGUUACUUCCAUGCAAA